AGGCGGUACGGCGUCGUCGAGGGCAAGUUCUGCUUCGAGGGCGGCUCGCGCUGCGGCAAGGGCGAGGGCGUGCACGUGCUGGUCUCGGACCAGGCUGAGGACUUGGAGCGCGCGCUGCGGCUCGCCGCCCAGAGCAAGCUCUUCACCAGGCGGAGAACGCUCUCUAGGAACAUGUCUGUGAUGGACAGCCCGAGCCGCAAGACGUCGCAGAGCAGGUCGGGGACGCUGAGCUGCGCCGACUCGGUCAUCCUGACUGGGGUCGGGGAUGGCAGCUGCUGCUGCUCGGAGGACUGCGCGUGCCCGCAGGACGGGGACGACUUCCCCUACGGCAGCCACCGCCACUCCCCCUUCUGGCCGUCGGCCGAGAGCUCGCGCGUCGGCGGCGACCUGGACAGCAACUACGGCUGCGGGGACACGGCGUCGGUGCGCGAGAUGCCCGCCUCGUGCAUGCCGGACUCGGUGAGCCAGAUCCACGGCGACGCGUGGGGGCUGGCCCUCGGCGACAGCCUGCAGCGCGGCAACCGAUCCGCCAUGGAGCGGUGCACGUCGUGCUUCAGCAAGCUGGGCGCCCCCGCCAUGUCCAGGUCGUCGACGUGCACGCCCGGCACGCCCCUGGCGCCCGCCUGGCCCACCGAGCAGCCCGCGCCGGCCGCGCCCUGCUGCCACCACAACCUCCUCAACAACCACCACCUCCACAUGCACCACGCGGCCACCACCCCGCGGCCCAAGACGGCCGCAAGCAGCAUCUGUGAUCGAAUGUCCAUGAGCUCGCACGACAGCAGCGAGACCUCCGAAUACUCCGUCCCCCGGCUGUCGUACCUCUCCAACGGCUGCGGGUGCGCCAGUCCGGCGCAGUGCCAGUGCCCACCGGCGCGGCCGCCCAAGCCCUGCCAGGACCAGACCUCGCCGUCCAAGAAGAAGCGGAAAGCGCCCAUGCCGCUGCCGGAGGAGGAGCUGGGCAAGGACAAGGACUACGUGGUGCACGCGUGCGCGUGCCACAACCCCCAGCUGUGCCUGAGGCUCGGCGACGAGGCGCCUCACGUCGGCCCCUACGAGAACUACGACGUGCCCAGGCCGCUGGCCGCGCAGCUCAAGGACGGCGCCGCGGACCAGUCGCAGGUGCUCUCGCUGAGCGGGUCGGCGGGGCCGGACGAGUACUACGACACACCCAAGAACGUCAAGGAGUGCCUGUCCAGGACGGAGGACGGACCCGACCAGUACGGCAACUACGACACGCCGCCCUCCGCCAAGGCCGUCGCCGGCAUGGCCGCCCCCUGCGCGUUCGUGAUGAAGUGCGCCAAGAAGACGGCCGUGGUGUCGCAGGACGGGCGGACCGUGCUGGAGGGAGACCUGAACAGGGAGUGCCCCUGCCAGAGGGUGGCGUGCUGGCCGCUGGCCUACUGCCGGCGCGGCAACGGCGUCGACAACUCGGCCGUGGUCAAGGUGCGCCUCAGCGGCCAGGGAAAGAUGCCCGUGGUGAACCAGCGCGGCGAGGUGGAGCUGUACGCCACCAUCGACCGUUCGAAGAAGACCAACCGUCGGAAAAGCCUCAAGGCGGAGGACGAGGAUGCUGACGCGCACAAGCACCGGCCCUCGGACCCGACGCUCAACUACGAGAACCUGGACGUGCUCACAGAGGCCGAGGCCAAGGCGGAGCAGGACGCCGAGACUGAGGACCCGUGCCCCAACUACGCCAACAUCCACUUUGCGCAGACGCUCGACCUCUACGAGAACUCGAGGGACGUGCUGCAGCGGGCUGGCAUCACGGCCAAGGAGGCCGAGAGCCUGGCGCACCAGAUCACCUCAUGCACCAAGAUGUGCGCCAAGUGCGGCCACUGCCAACCCGGCAAAGAGGCCGACGACGAGGCCGACGCAGCACCGGCCCCCACCGCCAACACCAGCAACACCAGUACCUGCUCCACCAUCACCUCCACCAACGGCCGCCUGGACGACUACAUGAUGAUGGACCCCAACCAGCCGCCGGCCGCCGCCCCGGCCGAGGCGUCCCCGCGGCCCGGGAGCAAGAACUUCCCCGGCUACCUGCACAUGUCGCCGCUCACCGGCGCGCAGCAGACCAACGGCCCGGCCGCGGCCCCCGCGCCCGUCGCGCCUGCCGUGCCCGCCCUCGCCGCCAACAAGGCGGACCUGAUGAGGAUGGCGCUCGACAGGCUCAACGGCGGCCUCGCGUCCAGCUCGGAGAAGUCCGCCAGCAUCCCCAGCCUGGCGCAGCAGGCGGGCGCCCCGUGCGUGGACCGCGCCAAGAAGCGCAUCGACUCCGAGUUCGUCCGCAUCCCGGGCUCGGCGAUGCUCAUGGGCAGCCUCGGCAGCCCGCACCUGCGGCGGGACAUGAGCCACGACCAGGAGAGCCGUCGCAUGCAGAUGCUGGCGCGCCGGCGCUCCAACUCGGCCGACUCGUCGCGCUACCUGGACGAGCACGAGGAGAGCGAGCCCUCCAGCCGGGUGAGCUCCGUCAACUCGCUGCUCAGCCAGUGCGAGGUGGCGCACUCCAACGGCCACGGCGAGGAGGAGGACGACGACGUCGAGGAGGCGCCGUGCUGCGCCAGUGCCCAGGACGGCGCGCAGGACGCCGAGCCGGACAGCGAGCCGUCUGGUGUGGCGAGCACCAGCGGCAGCAGCGCCUCCAUCCAGACCCUGGUGCAGGAGACGGGCGGCGCCGGCUCCACGUCGUCGUCGUCGCCGUCCUCGGCGGGCGUGCACAUCCGCCGGUCGUCCAGCGUGCCGUGCAAGGGCAACAACCGAGACUCGUCCAGCUCCAACGACUCGGGCGUGUCCAUCGGCUCGAUGCGGCAUCGCGCCACCGACUUCGUCGAGUUCGAGCUGCCGCUGACCACCGCGCUGUCCACCAACUGGCGCGCGCAGCGGCUGGCCGGCAGCCAGGGCGCCUGCAUGCACGCCUCUCUCCAGAGGCGGUCCAAGUCCUCGGACCCCCUCAAGGAGAUCACAUUCCAGUUCCACCGCAUGGGCACCGGGCCUAAGUCGUCGUCGGCCGAGGCCGAGGUCCCCGUCUGUCCCACCAAGAAAGGUCGAUCGAGUCCCAACAGUGACGUGCCGCCCGUGCCCUACAUGGACUGCACGUCCACCAGCUCCGGGACCUCCGACAUGUCCGACUACAUCGAGACGCUGUCGCUGUCCUCACACUCGUCCUCUGAUAAUCCUGACUGCAUGAGGCUACAAGCGACCACCACGUUGAGGCCACGCUCGGGCAAGGAAUAUCAGAAGAUCGACCGCUCUCUCUUGGACCGGGACAUGAAG